AAUCAUUGAAUUUUUAAUUGAAAUUAUUUUGAAACCAAAACAAUUUCACUCACUAAAACAUUAAAUUUAUUGUGAAUUUCUAGAUAAUUUCUUCAGAUUUAGAUGUAUUGUAAUUAAUCCAACAGAAUGGUUUCUGCAAAUAUUUUCUCCAAAUCUAAAAGUAACCGCCAAAGUAUGGUGAGUGAAGGUUCAUCAGAUCACCCAAGGGAAUCUGUCGGAAAUUCAAUCAGAAGCUCAAUUGCCACAAUGGCAAGUGUUAUGUCAAAAGAUAAUAACAAACCGCAUCCAUGCUCUGUCGUAAAUUCUUCUCCAAAAUACGAUUCUAAUAAUGAACAACAAUUGAAAAGAGAUCAUCCGUUUGUUGUUGCAACUUGCAAAUCAGGAUGCGAAUCUGAUGAUGGAAAAUCUAAAACGCCUUCUAAAGCACACGUUUGCUCCAUUGUGAGUUGUUUAGAUGACUGCAAACAUGGUGAGGAAAGAUCUGAAACACGUUCUCGAAAUCUUCUUAGACGUGUCGAAAGUUUCACAGCAGAACGCGAAAAUACUCAACCUUGCACUGUUGAAAACUGUUUACCGGAUUGUACUUCACACGAAGACAUAUCAGAACAACGUACAAUAAAAUUAUGUUUAUCAGACUGUGAUAACGAAGUGUGCAGAUCACAUUUAUGUACGGUUGAAAGUUGUUCAAUUGGCUGCAUUUCAUGUUGUAAUUCAAGAAGUCUUGAAAAUGAAAAUUUAUAUGAAAAUUGCCCAUCAGAUUGUGAAUCGCAUGCUGAUGAAAUUGAAUUUUCUAAGGUGGAAAAUUGUUGUUCAAAUGUUGAGAAAUUCGUAGACGAAUCUCAUGCAUGUACUGUAGAGAUAUGUCCAUCAGACUGCAAUACUGAUACAGAUAACAUAUCACGUAACUCUGAAGCAGAAACUCUCAAUAAAAGAGGAUUAUAUGAAUGUAAUGAUGAAAUGUGCUCCCCGAACAAUGUCUCUAACAUACCAACAACUGAGCUAUGUACUGAUGAAAAUUGUACAUUACAAUGUGAAUCUUUUGUAAACAAAACUGUUUCAUUUUGCCCUUCUGAUUGCAUUUCCCACUCAAAUUUUAUAAAAGAAGCUUCACAUGGAGUUUCUAAAAAUUCUUGGAAGGAUUUACAAACCUAUUGA